AUGCCUUCGUCUAGCCAGCCGGUGGACUACUAUGAGACUCUCGGAGUCCAGCGUGCAGCUUCAGAUGCUGAAAUCAAGAAAGCAUAUCGUAAGCUGGCCAUGAAGUGGCAUCCUGACAAGAACAAGAGCAACACGACUGAGGCGUCGAAGAUCUUCCAAAACAUUGGGGAGGCCUACGACGUGCUGAGCGACAAGAAAAACCGGGCGAUCUACGACCAGUACGGGGCAGAAGGCCUCCGUGAGGGAGUGCCUGGACAAGAUGGGAGAAAGCCGGAGGGCUACACCUAUAAGCAGAACGGGCAGGAGAUAUUCGAGAGCUUCUUCGGGACGCACAACCCCUUCGUCGACUUCGGUUUCGGGGACACGAUGCCCUUCGCCUCGAGGCUCAAGAAGCAGGGGCCCCGAAAGCCGAACCCGGUCACCCGAGACCUCGCCUGUUCCCUAGAAGAGCUGUAUAACGGUUGUACCAAGGCGUUCAAGGUCACGCGAAAGAGACUGAACGAGGCCGGGGAGCUGGCGGAGGCGUCGACGCAACUGACGGUCGCGGUCAAGCCGGGAUGGAAAAAAGGAACCAAGAUAACCUUUCCCGGGGAGGGUGACGAGGGGGCCGGGGUGCUCCCGGCUGACGUUGUGCUUGUGGUUGCGGAAAGGCCUCACGAGUACUUCUCUCGCGAGGGGAACGACUUGAUCUACACGUCCAUGCUGUCGCUCGCCGACGCUUUGACGGACUGCAUCAUCGAGGUCCCGACUCUCGACGGGCGCGUGCUGCGGCUGCCGUGCCCGGAGGUCGUGAGCCCCGGCUACGAGCGGCGCCUAGAGGGGGAGGGCAUGCCCAUCAGCAAAAACCCGGGGUCCCGAGGCGACCUGCUGAUUCGUUUCAAGCUUGUCUUCCCUGCAUUCCUGCCACACGCCAGCAAGGUCGUUCUAAGGAGGCUCCUCUCCCCAGAGAUCAACAUGAAGGGCGCUGGUGCAGCGGUGGCUGCGGAGGAAGGCGGCGGAGACCCUACGAGCGGCGACAGCGGUGAAAAUCCCGAGGGAAACCCAGCAGAGGGGGAGGCCGCCUUGCAGACGGGGUUGGCGGGGAAGACAUUACCACUAGCGCCAUCAUCUGACAUUGCGGGAAUUUCGCGCCAGGAGUAG